AUUCACUUUUUUAAUAGAUGUCUAGACGACUGUUGUUGACUGACUUGACAUUUUGAUUGUACACAAAAGCAAUACAAAAGGUUUUCAAGUUUAAAAGUGGUUUUAAAAUAAUUUAUAGCAUUGGUAAUAAUAAGCUCUAAAGAAUUGAUAGUCACAAUGGAACAAGAACAUAGAGAUGCUAUUCAGAGAAAUUUUACCUCCCUUGUGGAGAGAACGGACCUCGAGUCAAUGGUCACAGCACUGCAUGAAAAGGGUGUAUUCUCCACUCAAAUGAUUGAACCAUACCAAAACAAUUAUGACUCAGAAAGAGAUCGUAAACGAAAACUGUACAUGGAUAUCAAGAGGCGUGGACCUGAUGCAUUCAGACUGCUUGUGGAAGCCCUUGGCGAGAUGGGCUACUGGGACCUGGUGCGGGACCUGGACCCAGACAGCCCAUUCUCUUUCUACAGACACAGAACUUUCACACCUACCCCAAAACCCAAACCUGCAGCUGAUGAUGAUAACUUUCGGAGCCUCAGUUCAAAAAAUAAACCAAAACCUGAACCACCUAAAACUGUCACAGUGACCUAUACGCCGCCGCCCGAAGACAACGACAACGCCAGUGCGGAGGCGCUCGCAACGCCCACCUACGUCGUUAAAAAAAGCCUCAAGUUCAUGGAGGAUGAUGACACCAAAGACCUGAAGCUGUACCGAACGCGCGGCCGCAAGCGCGGCGUGCUGGUGAACUUCACAUACAUGCAGUUCGACAACGACAUCGAAGAGUUCCGCAACGGCGUGGACGUGGACUGCAACAACCUCACCUAUCUGUUCAGCGAGCUGGGCUUCCGCGUCGUGCGCUACCUCAACCUUACCAAACAACAAACACUCGACACGCUGAAAUCGCUGAACGAUGUGCUGGAGGGCGUGGAGAGCGUGUUCAUCGUGGUGUCGUCACACGGCUACAAGCGCGCGCACACGUCCGACACGGACGUGCGCUGCAAGGACGGCAAGCUCAUCUCGCUGUACGACAUCAUGACCUACUUUAACAACACUGAGAUGCCCGGCCUCGUCGGCGUGCCCAAGGUCUUCAUUUUCCAGAUGUGCAGAGGCACGAGUGCGGAGUACACGUGGCAGGCGGCGGGCGGCGCGGCGCGGCGCGAGAUGCCCAUGCCGCGCGGCGUGGCCGUGGACGGGCGCCCCGAGCCCCCGCGGGCCGCGCGCGGGCCCCGCCCCGGGCCCGCUGAGCCCGCGGACACGCGCACGCCGCUCUACUCCGACAUCCUCAUCGCGCACUCCACGCUGCCAGGGCUGGUGGCGCACCGCGACGGCAAGCUGGGCUCGUGGUACAUCCAGGCGCUGUGCGAGGUGUUCGCGGAGCGCGCGCACGACUGCCACGUGGAGAAGCUGUUCACGCUGGUGGACUCGCGCAUGCAGGACAAGUUCAAGGUGCAAACCUCCUCCGUGGACCGCUGGGGCUUCAACAAGCGACUCUACCUGCACCCCGGACUCUACGAGGAUGAACUCGCAGCUCCCUAACCUUCCCUGGGUAAACCUGAUCUUCAUAAACAUUUAGAUUGCUAUCAUGCAGAUGAAUUAUUCCAAGAGAUGAUGAUACAAACUGCCUCUUACAUGACUCAAUAAAGUAUGUUGAGACAUUAUCGAGUUCAAACAUUUUCAACAUAUCAGGAUUAUUUUAUGAGCCACUCGAACUAAGAACAAAAUAUGAUAAAUAAUUACUCAAAUCGUGUUUAAUCAUGCAAUAAAAUGAUGCGCACAAUGUUUUCAUUUUAACAAUUUUACCAAAUACUUAGCUUAGUGGGUAAUGAGCGAUCUUUAUAUAGACAUAAUCAAUUAAUCAAAUUUGUACGUAAUUAUGAAUAUGAAAUGUUUUCACAUCUUAAAAAUGGUAUUGUGUGAAUCUCUAUAAAAUUAUGUUAAUAUCUCGAAAUUAUUGAAUGUACGUUUGCAAUCUCUUAACAUUGUAAAACCGUGACUGCUACUGUGAAAAUCCAUCUGAUUGCUUUGGCGAAGCAAACGACACAAUUUUCACACAUAGUAUUUAAUUAGGUGUUGGUCUAGCGAAGUGCUAUUUUUAAGAUAUCGUAUUUUUACUGAUGUAUCUAUUUAGUUUUAAUCGCUCUUCAGAACAACAUUUAAGUUGUUUAUAAAAAUAUUAACCCUCAAAAUGUAUAUUUUAGAAACUGCCAUUUUAUAAAACAUUAAAGACUCUGAGUCACCUGUUUCAUUAGGUGCUAGGUUAUAUAUUUAGAAGUAUACUUCUUCAUCCCACCUUGUGAGAUUCUUAGUAAUGUGUUUCUUCAUGCUUUUAUCCUUUAUUAGAUAUACAACGAAAGGUUAGCAUGUUAACAUUCCUAAUGUAAACAACCUAUAUGCAUUUAUAUCGAAACUUGAGAAAUGAGACCUUGCUCAUGUAUUUUAUUCACAGCCCUUCCUGAACUUAUUGUUAAUGGUUGUAGUUUAGCAAUAAAUUUUAUGACAAGUUGUGAUAAAUGUAGCCAAUACAAGUUCUUUAGGCAUUUUGUUAUGUCGAAUGUGGUAUAACUACUUUAGUGUUAAGGAAUAUUGUAUAUUUUUUUACAAAAUAAAUAGAGAUUAUCAAU